GGAGAGGGAAGGGGACCCUGGGAGGGGUCAGAGCGGGGCCUGGGCCGGGUGUCCGGGUGCAAAAUAACGUCCCUUCCCCCCUCCUCCCGUCCGCAGUUCGCCCGCUACUCGGCCCUGCUGGUGGGGAUGCUCUACGGGAAGACGCGAUACGACUACCUAAAACCUAUUGCUGCAGAGGAAAGGAAAAGAGAAAAUGAAGAGAAAAAGAAACGCGAAGAAUUGGAACGAAUUGCAAAAGAACUGGCAGAAGCCAGCGAAGACUCUAUACUGAAAUGAAUCAAGAACGCUGGACCUCAUUUUCAUCUUCAGCACAGUAUGAAGCCUUGAAUUAGCUUGAAUUAGUAAAGUUAAUUUAAGCACUAUAUUGACUGUUGCCACCAAUAAAUAUGUGAACAGUA